AUGAAGACUGCCUUUGCUCUUUUGGUCACUGGACUGGCCUCUCAGCAGGUCGCUGCCACUUGGAACUUCUUCGACAACUAUGGCACACCCAACUACAGCAACAACAAGUGUAGCGAGAAGCAACAGGGUGGCUUUAACUGGUCUGACCUCAACGACGGUGACUCGGUCAGCAACUACGGAGACUUUGACUUUUCUGGAGGCUGGAAGUGCGCCAACUCUUUUGGCAAGCUUGACUCGUUGACCAAGAGGACUUUUGGCAACAAGUGCAUCAAGAACACGGUCGGCAAGAAGCAGCCUGCUUCAUUCGGCUGCAACAAGCGUGGUUUCUCCAUCAGCCACAUGGACAUUUCUUCCGAGUUUGACGCUGAACUCGAGCUCCACUACACUAUGCAGGACGGGUCUAUUUGCAAGCAGCGCGGCAGCUGCUCAGCUGGUGGAUCGACUCUUCAGAACACCCAGUGCGGUGGUGCCAAAUCCGUCGACAUCUACCUUGGCUCUCACCACAAGGGCGACCAGGACUCGUGCGAGAUUGGUUUCCACAACAUUGGCUUUGACUGCAGCCCCGAGACUCCUUACACCACCCCUACCCCGCCUGAGGUUCCUUCUACCACCAGCCCAGCCGAGUAUCCCACUUCUCCUGCCAAGGAAACUCCCACCCCAGUCCCCAGCACUACUCCUGCCGAUGAGUGUGGACAGUACGGUGGUGAGGGAUGCGGCACUACGUCGGUUCGGAGGCCUACUGGUGGCAUCUGCGAAGGUGGCGACUGCUCCCCUGUUUCUACUCCUGAGGCUUCCACCUCACCCAGCGAGACCCCCACUCCUUCUGCUGACUGCGGACAAUACGAUGUUCCCACUUCCAAGAUGCCCGCUUCUUCGCCUGCUCCUUACACAAACACCUCUGCCCCUGCAUACACUCCUCCCACUCAGGUUCCUUCUUCGGUUGUUGAGAGCACCACUGCUACUCCACCAGUCGAGAGCUCUGCCACUCCUGAAUGCGGUUACGGCCAGUCUUGCGAGGAGUCAUCUGCUAUUGUCACCUCUGCCAUCCCUAGCAGCACUGCCACUCCUCUCCCUGCCACCAGCUCUGAGGCUCCCAAGCCAUCAAGCCCCAGCUACCCUCCUGUGGACAUUACCGACUCGGUCCCCAAGUGCAUGAACUCGUGGCUUCAAAUCUCUGCUCCUGGCUGCAAGGACAACACCGACGCCAAGUGCUACUGUGUCAAGCCCGAAUUCACCAAGAAUGUCAUUGACUGCCUUACUGCUCGCUGCGGAAGUGACGACGAUACCCGCAAGGCGCUCCAGUACUUCAUUGGUAUCUGCGCCGAGCACAUCCCCCAGAACCCCAACAUUGUCGGUGACUGCCCUUCGUACAUUCCUUUGAACCCUACCCCAUCUCCUCCUGCUGUUCCUACUGGCGGUGCCUCUGCUCCCGUUCCUGGCAGCUCUGUUCCCGCUGCCGCUGAGAGCAGCCCCGUCGCUAUUCCUACUGCACCUGCUGAAGUUCCGGCUCCCUCGGCUCCCGCAGAGUAUCCCGCUCCUUCAGUCCCCGCUGGAACUCCUGCUCUCACUCCCAUUGCCAGCACUGCCCCCCCUGCUGAGCAAACCCCUUGCACCACCAUCACCUACGGCACAACCACCCUCACUGUGCCCCAGGUCCACUUCACCACCGAGCCCAGCACCCCUGGUGCUCCUCCCAAGCAGCCUGUCGCUCUCGUCCCUGGCACUGCGCCCCCACAGACUCCCGCUACUACUACUCCCGCCGGCGGCGCCGUCCCUCCUCCCUACCCCACUGCCACUACCCUGGGCACUGCCACCGUCCCUAUUGCCUCUAGUACUGGCGGCGUCCGUCCUUCUGCGCCCGCUGAAUUCACCGGCGCUGCAUCGCCCUUCAGCAUGGUACCUCACAGCGCGCUCUUUGGUGCGCUCCUUGCCUUUUUCGCUUUGUAA